AUGCGUUCCGCCGUCGCCCUUCUCGCCUUCGCCGCCUCCGCCUUCGCCUACCAGGUCUCCCAGCCCUCUAACUCGAGCGGCUGGUCCACCGCCGGCUCCAACGUCGUCGCCUGGGACAUGGUCUCCACCGAUGCCGCCAACUUCACCGUUCUUCUCGUCAACCAGGAGGUCAACCCUCCCACGAGUCAAGUUCUCGCUGCGCUCGUUGACGGCAGCCUCGGCAAGACCACUGUCAACCCUCCCAGCGGUGGCUGGAAGGCCGGCACCGGCUUCCAGGUGAACCUCGUCAAGGACACCAACAGCCUCACCAGCAUCUACGCCCAGUCCGGAGUCUUCACCAUUGCUGCCGCUAGCACCACCCAGUCCCUCGCCUCCACUGCGAGCUCUGGUACCGUCCUCACUGUCUCCGGCACCACCACGAAAAGCUCCGGCUCGGACCUCAACCCCUCCGCCUCCCAGACGAGUACAUCCCCCACCAAGUCCAACGGCGCUUCGAAGACGGGUGCCCAGGCCGGCUUGUUCGCGGGUCUCGCUCUCCUCGGUGCCAUGCUCGCCUAA